AUGACAUCGUUCGAUUUAAAUUCGAUAAAUGCAGCGCUAACAGACUCUGGGGUGCCGGAAAACGGUGUUGACUUUUCCGGAAAAUCGCUUAAAUUGGACACCGAAAAAGAUGCUCAACCGAUUGUUGAUGCGAUCAAUGCAUGUAAGCACUUGCAUUACCUCGCACUCACAGGCAACACGCUCGGUGUUGCGGCUGCGGAAGCUAUUUCCAAGGCAUUAAAAGGCCACCCCGAGUUGAAGAUAGCAAGGUUCUCAGACAUGUUCACCGGGAGAAUGAAGACAGAGAUCCCGCCAGCCUUGAGUGCACUGGGAGAAGGUAUGAUUACGGCAGGAGCGCAUCUAACAGUGCUGGAGCUCAGCGACAAUGCUUUUGGGCCCAUUGGCGUUGAGGGGCUGACCAAAUUGUUGCAGAGUGACGUCUGCUCACAGUUGGAGGAGCUGCGUCUGAACAACAACGGGCUGGGCAUCACGGGCGGUCGGCUGCUGGCGAACGCGCUGGCGGCCAAGCCGAGGAAGCUGAGGGUCUUCAUCGCCGGCAGGAACCGCCUGGAGAACGAGGGGGCCAGCGCCCUCGCGCAGGUUUUCAAGGAUAUGGGCACACUGGAGGAGAUCGCGAUGCCCCAGAACGGCAUAUACCAUGUGGGUGUGUCCGCACUCUCCAAAGCGUUCGAGCACAACCCGAAUCUCAGCUGUCUAAACCUCAAUGACAACACCAUUGGAGUGAAAGGGGCCGCCGCCAUAGCUGCGGCCAUGCCGAAAUUGAAGAAUCUGAAAUCAAUCAACUUUGGUGACUGUCUGCUGAAGAGCAAGGGUGCCAAGACACUGGCUGCAGCGUUCAAAGAUAACUCCAUCUUGCUUGAGUCGCUAGACAUGAGCCACAACGAGAUCGGGCACAGCGCUUGCAUGGAGCUGGUGGACGCGGUGACAGCCCUGCCCGACGCUGUGGAGCGCCUCGCCCGAGUGUCACUAUCAGGCAACAACUUCGGCAGCGUGGACAACAAGAGGAUCAUGAAGGAGAAGCUGGGCCCAUCGGCUGAAUUCAGCGAUGGGGAGUGCAGCGAUGGGGAGCCGAGCGAAGGGGAUGGCGACGACGCGUACGAUUCCGGUGCGGAUGACAGCAACUCAGAAGACUCCACAGACUCUGCGGAUUCCGAGGACAGCAAGCCGGAGGACGUCCAGCAUCAGGGGCCCGUGGUGGUGGACAUCACCAGCGAGAUCGAGGAACAGUUCGAGGGUCUGGCAGAUAUGGGCACCGAAGUGCAGAUCUUUCUUGAAACCCCGACGAUGGAAAACCUAAAAGCACUGGGUCCCAGAGCGGCAGACUUAAUAGAGGCCCACAUAAAGGAGAAGAGGGACCAGACUGAGAUGUUCACCGCUCUCGUGGAGGCCACCUUCUGCGUGUCCGGCCUCUCCGAGGGCAGCAGCCUCGCGAUGGAGGUGGCGCAGAAGCUGUACAAGAGGCUGCUGGUGAGGGUCAGAGACGGAAGCCCCACGCCGUGGCUGAUUGCCAACGCCAUGCUCAGGGGGCUGGGGCUGAUCAAGUCGGAGAACAAAGACUACCGCAUCCGUUGGAACACGGCGGGAUGCUACAGCGCGCUCGCGAAGGCUUUCAUCACCCUGGAUUUCCCACCAGUCAUAAGGGACACCAUCCGUCUGUUCAUCUCGAGCCAACUGCAGCAGCUGCCGGACAAUAAGCUGGUGAUGCGCUACCCGCAGCUGUACGAUUCGAUAUUGCUUACAAUUAAAACUAAAAUCAAGGAGAUGACGGACAUGGUGAAACUGCAGUUAAAAUUUGGCGGUGGAGCAGAAUUGCUGUUUGACAAAAUUAAGAAGAGAGAGUUGGAGCUACCAGCACUGAAAAAGUAUUUUCCAGAUUGCCAGCGCGAGAAAUGGAACAUUAGGUAUUUGUUGGUAUGGAUCAAAGACAAUCUGUUGAGAGAGAGACCCGAGCUGUUUUUACAGGGCGAUUCUGUGCGGCCUGGCAUAUUGGUGCUCAUCAAUGACGCUGACUGGGAGCUAUAUGGAGAACUGGAAUAUGAACUGCAGGAUGACGAUGUAAUAAUGUUCAUAUCAACAUUACAUGGUGGA